AUGGUCUCCAAAGGGCUGAGAAACACUUCCAGGUUUAUGGAAGGAAAACGUGGGGCCAAGGUGGAUGGGUACAUGCAGCAAGAGGCCACUCGUACUGGGGAGAAGCCACACACGAUCACCCAGUGCAGGGCAACUUUACAAAGCAGAAAAAGUCAUGACACCUGGGGAGAAGGCAAGAAUGCGUUUGGUCCCACACAUUCGCACGUUCAGGACCAGGGUGUCCACCUUGGAAGAUGGUCCUUUGUGUGCAAUAAAUGUGGGAAAACAUUCAGGUAUAAAUCUUUAUUUGCUAUACACCAGACGUUCCAUACUGGAGAAAGAGGUUAUAAGUUUAGCAAAUACGGAAAAUUCCUUAGGCAUUGGUCAGCUUGCAGUCAACAUGAAAAGACUCAUACUCUGCUCAGGCAGUAUAUGUGCAGCAAAUGUGGGAAAUCCUUAAGCCAGAAAUCUGGCCUCAUUCAUCCCCAGAGAUGGCACAAUGGAGAAAAGAGUUACGUUUGCAGUGGAUGUGCAAAAUCUUUUAUCCACAGAUCAGUGUUGAUUACUCAUAGGGUUCACCCUGGAGAAGGGUUUUAUAAGUGUCGUGGCUGUGCAAAAUCUUUUUCUACUAUGUCUGCCCUUGGUUAUCAUCAGAGAUCUCACACUAGGGAAAGACCUUAUGAGUGCAGUGAAUGUGGGAAAUCUUUUACCACUUGUUCUAACCUCCAUUGUCACCAGAGAGUUCACACUGGAGAAAGGCCCUAUGAGUGCAGUGAAUGUGGCAAGUCCUUUGUCCGAAGAAAUGUCCUCAAACUACACAUAAAGAUUCACUCAGGUGAAAGGCCUUACAAGUGUAACGAAUGUGGGAAAUCUUUUAAGUGGAAGUCAGCAUUGAUUAAACACCAGAGAAUUCACACAGGAGAAAGGCCUUAUGAGUGCAGUGAAUGUAGGAAAUCUUUUAGCACUAAGUCUGUCCUCCAUGAUCACCAAAGAGUUCACACUGGAGAAAGGCCUUAUGAGUGCAAUGACUGUGAGAAAUCUUUUACCACCAAAUCGGCCCUCCAUUAUCACCAAAGAGUUCACACCAGAGAGCAGCCUUAUGUGUGCAGUGAAUGUGGCAAGUCGUUUGUCCAAAGAAGUAGCCUCAGUAUACACAUAAAGGUUCAUUCAGGUGAAAAGCCUUAUAAGUGUAAUGAAUGUGGGAAAUAUUUGAAGUGUAAGUCAACACUGAUUAAACACCAGAGAAUUCACACAGGAGAAAGGCCUUAUGAGUGCAGUGAAUGUGGGAAAUCCUUUGCCACUAGUUCUGUCCUUCAUUCUCACCAGAGAGUUCACACUGGAGAAAGGCCUUAUGAAUGCAGUGAAUGUGGGAAAUCUUUUACUGGUAUUUCAGGACUCCACUAUCACCAGAGAGUCCACACUGGAGAGAAACCUUAUGAAUGCAGUGAAUGUGGCAAGUCCUUUGUCCAAAGAAGUAGCCUCAAU